AACAUUGAACACAAAACGAUUUUUUGCGUGUAAUAUGGAGUUAUAAAUUGUUAUUUCCUAUUUCGAGGCAUUUGAAAGAUAUUGUAUAAAUACAAUUAUUAUUUUACGGCUACCUCACCUAUGUUUUUGUACGGAACCGUUGUUCCGAGUGUCGCGUAUUUCCCACGGAACGUGAUUCUAGUCGGAAUGUAAAUACAUUGCUAAGCUAACGGUACUCUAUUUCCUUUCUCGGCUAGCUAGAAAGUGUAUAAAAGCUUCUAUGAGUUGGACUCGGUGUAUGUAAAAGCUUUCCGGUAUGGACUGGGCUCGGAGCCGCCUGACAGGGCUCGGUGGGGGGGUCUUGUGCUUCCUGUCCCUGCUCUGUGUCAUUUUGGACUUUCAAAUUGACGGCGUGUUGGGGGCAACUCGAGGCGAGAUUGAGCACCACUUGGAGAUGGGACGCAAACUAUUAGCGGCUGGUCAGCUGGCUGAAGCCUUGACCCACUACCACUCUGCUUUGGAGGUGGAUCCCAAGAACUACCUGACCUACUACAAACGCGCCGCAGUCUUCCUGGCUAUGGGCAAGUCCCGAUCGGCUCUCCCAGAUCUGACCGCAGCCACACAGCUCAAGCCUGACUUCUUUGCGGCCCGGCUGCAGAGGGGGAACAUUCUCCUGAAACAAGGCAACGUGCAGGAGGCUCGGAAUGACUUUGAAACCAUCAUCCGGCAGUCUCCAGAGUACGGUGAAGUAAGGGAACAGCUGGCGAGAACCCGAGACUUGGAGGAGCUGCAGGAAGACGCCAGGGCAGCGUACCACCAGGGCGACUAUUCCGGCGCCAUCUCGCUGCUAGAGCGUGUUGUCGAGAUCUCGCCGUGGGAUCCCGAGAUGCGGGAGCUCCGCGCAGACUGCUACCUGCGCACGGGGGACCCGCAGAAGGCCAUCCAGGACCUGACGCCCGCCACCCGGCUGCGUAGCGACAACCGUGCCGCUUUCCUCAAGCUCAGUCGCCUUCAGUACAGCUUGGGGGAGCAUCGCGAGUCUCUCAGCCAAGUGCGAGAGUGUCUGAAGCUGGACCAGGAUGACAAAGAGUGCCUGAGCCACUACAAGCAGGUGAAGAAACUUAGCAAGCGGUUGGACUCUGCUGAGGAGCUGGUCCAAGAAGAAAGGUACCGCGACGCCAUUAAGGAGUACGAGGGCGUGACGGAGGCGGAGCCCUACGUGUUCUACUACGGCAACCUGGCCAAGGAGAGAAUCUGUUUCUGUCUUGUCAAGGUCAAAGCGGCCGCGGAGGCUAUCGACGCGUGCUCCGAGGCACACCAGCGGGACCCACGCAAUCCCAGAAUCCUGCGCGACCGUGCCGAAGCCUACAUUCUCAACCAGGACUACGAGAAAGCCGUGGAGGACUAUCAGGAGGCGCGUGAAUUCGACGGCGACAGCGACGAUAUCCGAGAAGGGCUUGAGCGAGCCUUUAAGCUGCUCAAGAUCUCCCGCAAGAGAGAUUACUACAAGAUCCUGGGAGUGAGCCGGGCGGCUAACAAGCAGGAGAUCAUCAAGGCGUACAGGAAGCUGGCGCAACAGUGGCACCCUGACAACUUCCAGUCCGAGGCUGAGAAAAAGGAGGCCGAGAAGAAGUUCAUCGACAUCGCCUCGGCUAAGGAGGUCCUCACUGACCCGGAAAUGAGAGAAAAGUUUGACGCGGGCGAGGAUCCCUUGGACCCGGAGAACCAGCAGCAGGGCGGCGGACACGACGGACACGGUUGGCCUUUCCCCUUUAACCCAUUUGAGUCGGGAGGAAGCUUCCACUUCAAGUUCCAGUAAAGGACUUCUCACAAAAAUGGCUGACAAACUUGAAAACUAGAAAGCCUUCUUUAUUUAAGUUUUAUUUUGUUACAAUGUGCGAUUUAAAAAAAAAAAAAAAAAAAAAAGAA